UUUAUCAAUCGCGAGCCGCGUUGCAUGUGCUCCGUUCCGGAUCCGAUUCGAUACGUUUUUCGUUUCGUUUCUAUUGCCCGCGGCAUUUUGUUAAUAUUUUUUUUUUUUAGUUUUCAAAGAAAUUUUUUAAAACAAAUUCCAUGUUUAAAAAUCAAACUAAUCGAAAAGUGCGAAAUUCUAACUCCAAACAGUUUCGAACAUCAAGCGAAUAUUAAAUUUUUCAAUUGAAUCGAAAAAUAAUAAAAGAGCGGGCAGCCCGCGUAAAGUGUAAAGUGUUGACAGAAUUUUCAAACAAUAUACAACCCGCAAAUAUUGAUGUUAAUUAAUAUGAUUUGAUUCGAUUCGAUUUCCAUUCGAUUUUUCCCACAAUUUUUUAUGAUUUUGUGUCGUGUGAAAAAAUAAACAAAUAAUUUAAUAAAUUAGCAAGAAACUACGAUUUGGUGGAAUUUAAUAAAAUAAAAAGGUUCCGGCCUUUGAGAAUCAAAUAAAAAUUAUAUACGAAACCGAACCAGAAGAAAAUAAAAAAGCAGGAACUUCAACACCCGAUCGUUUUUUUGGCUGACUUUUUUGUUCAAAAUUGUGUGAUCUGAAGGUGUUUUGAAUAUGAGCUGAAGAUUUUCCAGGUUCUUUUUUAAGUUGACUAUUUCGAACCAAACCGAAAAUUAAAUCCGAACCAGACGCGAUGAGCUGCAAGCCAAAUUCUAACGAAAAACCUACGAAACUUUACUAAGCUCUCCUCCAAAAAGAUAACAUACUUCAAAAAAAAUUAUAAACUUAAUAAAUUCCAAAUCGAAACAAGAAAUAUAUAAAAAAAAAACCCAAUAAAGUUUUGAAAAGAAAAUCCAACAAGAUGGCCAUGUUGGAGGCGAGGCCUUAUAGGCCAUUUAAAUCCAGCGAAGAGUAUCUGGAGGCGAUGAAGGAAGAUUUGGCCGAAUGGCUGAGUACCCUAUACCCCGAGCUGAUGAUAAAUGCUGAGAACUUUAUGGAUCGACUCGACACUGGCGUGGCAUUGUGCAAGCAUGCAAAUAAUGUACGACAGGCGGCUGAGGAUUAUUUGGCGCGACGUCAGGCUCGCAACAAAUCGAUGACCCGCUCGAUGACCUCCGGCCUGGCGGGUCCGAUCCUGGCACUGGGCAACGUCCACUACCUUCCGGCGGCCAAGAGUGGCACCUUCUUCUCCCGCGACAAUGUCUCCAACUUUAUAACCUGGUGCAGAAAAAGCCUAAAGAUCAUCGAGUGCCUGCUGUUUGAAACAGAUGAUUUAAUUAUGCGGAAAAAUGAGAAACAUGUGAUUCUCUGUCUUCUAGAAGUGGCCCGCAGAGGAGCCAAGUUUGGUAUGCUGGCACCGAUGUUGGUACAAAUGGAGCGACAAAUCGAUCGGGAAAUCGCCGCCGACAUCAAGGCCAAUAACUCCUCGGAAAGUGGCACCCAGACGGAGGCCCCUAAUUCUGGUAUCAGUACCACCACCACCACGACAAUAACCACAACUACAGUGGAAACGGAUCUGUAUGAUGACAGUGAUGACUCGGAUAACGAGGACGAUGCUGAUGAGAAUCCCAUGAUGAUGUAUGGUCCUCAGCCCCAGAUAAUCACAAAUGACUUGAAGAGUUUGGAUGAAAUGGUCAGGGAUCUGGUGGAGAAGUGCACUUGCCCCUCACAGUUUCCCAUGGUCCGAGUCUCCGAGGGCAAGUACCGCAUUGGCGACACCAAGGUUCUCAUCUUUGUGCGGAUCCUGCGCUCCCAUGUUAUGGUGAGGGUGGGAGGCGGUUGGGACACCUUGUCCCACUAUUUGGACAAGCACGAUCCGUGUCGGUGUCGUGCCCAGCAUCGUAGCUCUGUGGCAGCCCGCCUCAUACCCCGCCAGUCUCCGAAUCACAAUCCCAGCAAUGGCAUCGAGCUCCACAAGGCCCAGGUGAUAUUCGAGAGAUCACCGCCAGCAGCUCGUCGGGUUUUCCAAUCCAAUGCCAAUUGCAAUGGCGGAGGAGCAGCAUCAGGAUCGGGCACUGGAUCCGCCGCAGCACCCGUUCAGAAUGGAAACAAUAGCCUUUCACCGAAUUCCGGAAAAUAUCGCAGCCGUAGUCCAACUCCACAACGUAAGUUUCUCAAUCAGCAGCAACAGCAGCAGCCGGCGCUCUCCAACGGAGGCAGUGCAUCCACUGCGGAGGCCACAAACGGACAGUAUCUGGCCUCGCCCAGCCUCGCCAGGCGAUCCAUGUCGCCGAGUCCUCGUCGGUUGAUCGAUAUGCGAAAGAAACAGAACUCCCUGGACUCGUACAGCAAUGGACCCAAAUCCCUGCCGGGCUUCAGUUGCUCCCUGGAAGACGCAGCCGGAUCGGGAGCCAAUGGCGGAGGUACAGUGGGAUCGGGAGGAGCCAACAACGGAGCGGGAUCUGGAGGGGAACAGGGUAAUGCCAGCAAGUUCGAGAACAUCAGCGACAAUGGCAGCGAAAUCAGCGACGAGGGAUAUCGCAGCUUGGGCGUCAUCCAGUCCUCCAAUGCCCAGAAACGCGAAUCCCUGCACAGUCAGGCCUCCAUCGAAGAUGCAGAAAGCAAUGCGCGUCUCGAUCAGACAUCCAGUGAUUCGCAGAUUUCGCCCUCGGAUGAGCCGACGGAAAAGGCUGCCGGGGAUAUCCUAGAAGAGGAAGACCUCAACGGCCAGGAUCAGGAUCAGGAUCACGACCAGGAUCAUGACUAUUCCGUGUGCGAUGGCCCACAGUCGCUGCCAGCCAUCCUGUGCGUUCCCCACAAAUUGGACGACAAAUUCGAACAGUCCGGAGUCUUUAUCACGGAUGACGAGAUCACCGUGGACAUGGGACAGAACCAGACCAAUGGUCCAGCGCCACAAAGUGCCGCUCCAGUGCUGAGCAAGAUUCCACGCUCUCCGCUGGCGCAGCGACGCCGGAGCAUCGAUAACAGCACCUGUGGCGGAGCAGGCGGUAGCCUCCAGGACCUGAGCAGCCGCUCCAGCUUGCCAGCUCCAGCCUUUAGCCGGAAACAGCCAGUCUACAGGUCGGUGAGGACACGCAGCUCCACGAAUGCCACGCCAGCACCAGCGCCUCUGCGAUCCCGACAGAAUACCCAGCUCCCGAUGGUCCGGGACGUGACGAACACCUGGAGCGGACGUGGCCAGGGGGCGGCGGGAAACAAGCGCCGGCCUCCGGUUACAGCGGACAACUUUGUGGCCCCCAGUCCGUCGCCGUUUGAGAGGAAUUCAAAGGCCAGAUCCUCCCAGAUCCUCUACGAUUCCAAUGGAAGGAGAGUGCGCAGUGGAGGGCCGGGAUGCACUAGCUCACUGACCACAUCCCCGGUGAAGAAUCACGCCUCUUCGCCGCUGGCCCAGCAACUCCUGGAGGCGGCCAGCAGUGCCAAGAACGAUGCCCAGAUCCUGGAGAAGAUGAAGACGCUCCUGUCACGCUAUGCGGCCGGAAACCAAGCCAAUGCUGGAGGAUCCGGAACAGGAUCUGGCUCUGGAUCAGGAUCGGGCUCUGGAAAGAAUGGAAAUGGCAAAAAGACACCCGUCUACGAGGACUUUACCAGCGCCUGGGUCCACAGCAAUGGUAAUCUGGAGCGUUCCGAGAGCUGCUCUCCUCCAGCAAAGGCCCGAUCCAAGCGCUCCUCCGCCGCCAGCUCCUGUGACUCGAAUGGAGGCGGCAACUCCGCCGCCACAUCAAAUCCGGGAGCCAGUGUGGUGUCGCCGAGAAGGGAGCGCGGCAUGUCCAAGAUUCCGGCGCCAGUGCGUCACAAUACAGAGCUUUACUAGCAGCGCCGGAGGACGCCAAGCGUCCAGGUCCGUUUCCAAGCCAAGUCGAGGCUUUUCUGAAAAGCCUUCUCUCAACAAUAACACUUUAAAGCCGGGAGUCGGGUCGUGGUUAGGAAAGAGUACUAGAUAAGGAUUAGGAUUAGAGCCAAGCUGGAAUUGUCUAAAGGAGGAGGAGGAUUAGGAAGGAAGGACAAGUGUGUGUGUGUGAGAGAAAAGACCCCCCAAAGGCCAUAGGUUAACCAAAAAAAAAAAGAAAGAGGAAACUGAAACUGCCUCAAAAAAGUCAGAAGGUCCUUAGCAGCCCUAUUAUCCUAUUAUCCCUGGCAUAUCCUUUGAGAACUUCAACAAAAAUAUAAUCAAUUUUCAAUUAAAACCUAUAAUCUAUAUAAUCUUUUUAUAA